GGUUAAGUAUGACUGCCGCAGCAGGUGUGCUAACAGGCUUGGCAAAGCUAAAGCGCCAAGACUCCGCCCGCUCUCAGCAAAGGCCAAUACCGCCUACAUCAGCAGGCCUCAACCAUGCCGCCUCGGAGGGUGUUCCAAGCUAGGCCGCAGUCCAAAGCCUCUUCGAUGUCGACUACUUCAGUUCCUGUUCUGAAUGGGAAUAUGGCAUCCUCCUAUAUGCCUGGCACGGCUAUGCGUUACCUGCAGCUGCCUAAUUCCAGUCCAUCCUUGGUCAAGUACCCUGGAAAGUUUCUACUACGCUGGCCCUGCUCAGCCCCCAUAGGCCGUCCAUCAAUUCCUCUGGUCCUGCCCUCCCAAUUAACCCCGAAGGGUUUACGCCAUUUCUAUUGGCCUUGUCGUCCUGGCCUGCCCCCUGACUUCUCUAGAAGUUCAAUGAUUGGUGAUUGGACCUAGGCUAUUCUCCACCCACCCUGUUUUGAAAUUUUGGGGUUUUUUUUGUGUUCGGACUCAGCGAUGUCUGGAAUACGUCUCUUGGGGAAAAGGUACUGUCAUGAUCUGUUUCCUGUUGCCCCUGUGUUUUGUUCCCACUUGCUUUUUUGUCUCAUUGGUUGCACCUCUGUCUUGCACGGGUUUCCUCCAAUCAGCUCUUUCCUUCCUCUCGUGUCUAGUUCAGGUUUAUUCAGUUGUCCAGUUAGUCUGUGUAUUUUGUUCUCUGGUUGCUGUCUCAUCUUUCUCCAAUCAUCAUAUGUCAUUUGUGGUCAGUUACUCUCCAAGCAAGUCUUCGCUUAGCUUUACUCUUUGUUUUGGACACUUUUACUUUGUUUUUGAAUGUAGCUUAAGCAUCACUUUCCUGUGGCUUCGCCUUUCUUUACUACAUUUGGGACCACCUAACCUUGCCACCAAACCCACGACAAAAUGUGUGAAAAAGCUAUACUUAAAUCUACAUACAAAUAAACUGUCCAAUCAAAAUUUACCGUAUGUUUGUUUCUUGUGUGUGCUCAAAUGACAAAAUUGUCAUCUUCAGACAUACUUCCAUUUCCCAUCAACAGCGCUAAGCCUUUUGGCUAAUGUAGUAUACAAACAUUAAUUUCCAAUAGUUUACAUGUAUUUAUGUAUUAAGUGAAGUGUUAUUUAUCCAAGGUAAAACAUUUAAGAACAGAUUUUUAUUUUCAAUGCUGAGCUAGCAAAGAGGCAGCAUUUACAUGUUAGAGAUGUUAAAGUGUGAUGAUAAUCUCUCAUCUUCUCUCAUUUACAAACAAAAUUUAGCGCUAUAGAUUGCACUCAACAGUAAACAAAUGCUCUUAAUGUGCUGGGGUAAUUGUGAUGACACAUAAAUGAAUGUUUAAUAUUGACAAACACUUUUAAAAACCUUUACGGAGAAUGUCUGCAACUUGUGGAUGACAGAGCAGACCGCAGACAAUUAAGAAGCCUUCGGUGGUGUUUCUUUCUGUAAUAAUAAUAAUUAUUUUAUUAGUUAUAAUUAUUAAAAUUGUUUAGUAAUUUGGCAAUGAGCUCUGAAUUUGUGCUUUUACUGCCAUCUAGUGUCUACUUUUAAGUCUUUGUGGCAAAAAUCUAAUAAAACAUCAAUAAAGUAUUUGUUUUCCAAUCUUUUUUUAAAUCUUGUUUUUUUUAGGUUAAGUUUAUAAGGAACACUUACAGUAAAACCUUGAUAACAAAUUCAUAAAGUCAUAAGUUGGUACAAUGUUGUUGAAAAAAAAUAAGCCUCAAAACAUUGCAACUUUUGCCGCAACCUUCCGAAAAAGCUACUGCGAAUUCAGGCCUUUUAGGCUAUGACAAUCACAAAAAAGUCUGCGAAUCCUGGAGGGGCUGAACAUUUGUAUCAACUGGGGGAAACAAAUAUUGUGCAUCCCUCCUUGAAAUGUUCUCGAGCACUACUACUGCAUUCUGUCAGAUGAUGUUGAUGUUGUGUCUCUUUCAUAUCAUUCCUAAAGGAAACGUAAGCGACGUACAGAUGUUGUGAUAGUGCGCGGCAGGCUGCGCCUCUACUCUGCGUCAGGGUUCUUCCUUCUCUUGGGCCUGGUCAUCAUGACCAUAGGGAUUGGCAUGGCCACACUGGGCUACUGGCCACAAAGCGAAAGAUCAUCUGCAGGUCAAAUCCCGCCUGGCAGGGGAGCCAAAGGGUCCAUCAGGGGAGAUGUGAGCGGCGCCAGUAGGGCUGCUGUGGCAGAUGACGCCGCGGGGAACUCCAGUGCAAGUCAAAAUGUGGAAGGUUCAACUUCCACGCAGCCAGGGGGCCCUCUGACCCGGUUCCUGGAGCAGCAUCGUCGCUCUGAGAGGAUGAAGAUGUUCGGGCCCUUCACGAUGGGAAUUGGGAUUUUUAUCUUUAUUUGUGCAAAUGCUAUUCUCCAUGAAAACAGAGACAGAGAGACAAAGAUCAUCCACAUGCGAGACAUGUACUCCACCGUCAUCGACAUCCAUCGGUUGCGACAGAAGGAGCACAAAAAACACGUCCAGAACAACACCACCUAUGCAAGAGAAGAUCUCAGAGCCUUCAGCGCCGAGUACAACCCUCUACUUGGCUUUUCCUCUUGGGUCGGAGCUGGAGGCGGCUGCGCGGAGGAGGAAGUGCUACUGGGGAACGAGGAGGACGACCGGCAGAGAGAGCAGAUUAAAUUGGACUGUAGUUUUGCGGGACUGUUGGCGCCACUUUACAAGGAUCGGGUCUUUCCCGGGUGGGCUCACUCAGAUUCUGUACGCCCCCAGUGGUCAAUGGACGCAGACAGCGAGAGAGGUGGACACCACGCACGCUCCAUUGUGUCCUCCUCCAUCUCUGCAUUUACGCUUCCUGUUAUUAAACUCAACAACUGUGUCAUCGAUGAGCCGGAGAUGGAGGCCAUUACCGAGGAGGAGCGAGGAGGACUCAGGAGAGACGACGAGAAGUCCCAACCUCUCAGCGCCAUGGAGUCCCUGGUGGUUCCAGUGGCGUCUGUUGCUAAGGCCUCCAAACCACCAGGCUUGCACCGGAGUAAUUCUGCAUCCUCUUCUUCGUCCUCCUCUCCCCACUCGUCAUUGUCCUCCUCCUCUCUGUCGCCAGCGCCGUCCUCUACCUCGGGCUGCUGGCUGUCCCCCGGAGCAGCCAGGGCCGACUUUGGCUCCAACUCCUCCCUGCACAUGCUCAGCAGCCACUCCAAGUCUCUGGACCUAGAGCGCAGGCCCAGCAUGCUUAGUGUGCACCGGGAGCAGCGCAAGCACCCCAGCUGGCCUCGCCUGGACCGCAGCAACAGCAGCCGAAGCAUUGGCAGCGGCGGCCGGGCCAGCACCAAGGGCUACACCCGCCUGGAGGACAGGGAGGACAGGGAGGACCAUGUGGAGCGCUGCCUUGACGAGGCGUUACCGGCCACAACCAGGCGAGACUACAGCAAGCGGGAGAAGCUGCUCAUGAUAUCGAGGUCACACAACAAUCUGAGCUUCGAGCACGGCGAGUCGAGCGGUGGCGGAAUGCUAAAGAGGGGCAGCUCUGAGACCCGGUUCUGAGGGGUUCAAAUAACUUGUUUCUGUGCUUGUUUGUAAAGUGAAACUUUUCCAAAAGAUGCAGUGCGCAGAAAAGCAAAGAUGCUUGAAAGGAACUGGAGAAAAGCAAGUAAUAAUUAUGACAAGAUCCCAAGGUUUUUGGGUCAACGUGGUUCCGCUACAAAAGGCUAUAAAAAACUAGCUUUUUCUGCUAAAGUGUUAUGGAAUAAAAUGUGGAAAGCUGUCAUCCCAGCAAGGUCAGAAUAACGUUAUUUUUAGCGAGGACUCAUCACAAGCUGACAAAUGAACAAGAGAAAAACUAGCACUCCUCCAACGCCGGGCUACCUCAGGCCAUGUUCACACAGACACUUUUCAUAAGGUAUCAAAAUAUCUCCAUACAAACGUGUGCAUUAUCAAAUAUUAUCACUGUCCCCACACAAACCCACACAGGGGACUGUAAGGCAACGUCAGCCAAUCAGAAGCGUCAAGGACAUUAUUUCCAGAGGUGGCACGAUAUCGAACAUGGCAGGUCAUGGCAGGAGAAACGUGUUCUUAUCAAUAUAGAACAAAAGGAGCAAAAUAUUUACAUCUAAAAUUUAUGUAUUUUCAGUAAAUUAUAGUCUGCAAUGUUUGCCAUUGAACUUUUUAAAGGUGAAAAUGAUGGCGCACACUUGUGAUGUCAUCAGACGAUGGACAAGUCCUAACUCUUCGUUUAAACUGUCAACACACACACGCUGAAGACAAAGUUUUGUUAAGUUCACCCUAGUGUGUGUUUUUAAGGACACACGUAUGUGUUCGCGUUUGGACACCAGUGAAAAUGCUAAGAAACGUAUGAGUUUUAAAAUAUUUGGACAUGGCCUUCGUUUUGAUCGGCACCAAAUUGUACACUGUGAAACAUACCGGUACUCGCCUCCUGCAUACGCCUGAAGUGUUCAAUCAAGGGUGUACUCACACUCGGCCUGAGUCCACUUCUUAUCUAAAGUCAUGUUUGGCUCUGAUCUGUGAUCCAGUUUCACACAUUUCUUUUCUUUGUCCCGGUUCGAAGAAGUAGGCCAUGUGUGGUAAAAUAGCAAAAAAACGCACUUCGACGAAGCUGACGAUUGCAAAAUGUGAACAUGAACAGAUAAAGACACGAAAGAGCAUUUACAGUAUUCUUCAGCUUUCACAUUGUUUGAACACUGUUUGUGUUUGGUGGUCUCAUUUUGUGGCCUUGUUUAAAAGUUAAUAGUUGGAUCUUCUAUCAUUAGCACGGCACGGUUGCAUGCACACACUCAAGGUAGCCAAGUCAUAGAAAGACUUUAAUGCGAUUGCUCCUCGCAAGUUUGUUAUGUUAACUAACACUUUUUAUCACAGAAAUAACAUGAAUGACUGAAAAUAAUAAAACCAACUG